AUGACACAUGACGCAACACAUGUAUGCUACUGCGAAAAGAAAAAUAAAGCAGUAACUUUACUUUCAAGUAUGCACAAUGAUGCAACGAUUGACGAGUCCACCAGUUCAAAAAACAAAUCAGAGAUUGUUACAUUCUAUAAUCGCACAAAAAUUGGAGCUGACGUACUCAAUCAACUUUGUUCAAAUUAUGAUACAGCAAGAACUACUAAAAGAUACCUAACAGCAAUUUUUUACAAUAUUUUAAAUAUCGCCUCUAUCAAUGCUUUAUGCAUUUAUUCAGCAAACAAAAACUAUGUUAAAGUGAAACGAGCUUAUUUCCUUGACGAAAUUAGUUGGCAAAUGGUGAAACCGCAGAUUCACGAACGCAUGAAACAGUCCUUGGUACCCAGACAACUAAAAAUUCGAGGACUGGUGUUGUUAGGAAAGGACUCAGAAGAAAAAAAUGGAAAUAGCUAA